AUGUCUUCACCCAGUCCUUGGCGGAAGAUUGAACAUAUAAUUCCGUGUCAACAUAUUCGCGAAUAUCCCGCUGCAACAACCGGGACACAAAACGAUGUUCUCCAUUUAGCUGUGAAACAGUACGUUCCCACCAACAGCCCAAAACCAUGUGCUGGAGAUAUAACGAUUGUCAUUGCUCCUGGGGGCGGCUUUGGAAAGGAGCUCUAUGAGCCAGUCUGCCAAGAGCUACUUGUGCGCUAUGGAAAGAAAGGGCUCAAUAUCCGUAGUAUUUGGGCUGCAGACCCUGCACAUCAGGGUGAGAGUGGCAUGCUCAACGAAGGCCGUGGUGGAAUUGACCGUGAGCCUCUCAAGUGA